AGUUUGGUGUGUGUGUGUGUGUGUCCAGUGAAAGGAACCUGGUCGUGCUGGGCGUCUUGGUCUCACUGCUCUGCCAUCUGUGGAGGUGGGCACUACCAGCGUACCCGUACCUGUAGCAACCCUGCCCCCGCCAACGGAGGUGACAUCUGCAUCGGCCUGCACACUGAAGAGGCCCUGUGCAACACACACACCUGUGAAGGUGGCCGGCUGCCGUGGUCAGAGUGGGGGGAGUGUGACGAGGAGGGGCUGCAGCAUCGCAGCAGAGAGUGUGGGGAACGGGAGGCAGACCCCAGCCUGUGUCAGGGCAAUGCCACUGCGAGCAGGCCCUGCCAGCCCCCCGAGGUGCAAGUCGUUCUGCCUGGACAGGAUAACGAUCAGCGCUGUGGGGCAGCCUUCUCUCUGUUCCACCUGAUGGCCACGGGAGCGUUGUGUUUCUUUGCAGCGGUGGGGCUGUCGGUCCUGGUCUACGCCUACUGCCAACGACUCCACAAGCCCUCCCAGGAGUCAGCCGUCAUCCACCCCACCACGCCCAACCACCUCAGCUAUAAGGGCAACACGACGCCAAAGAACGAGAAGUACACCCCCAUGGAGUUCAAGACGCUGAACAAGAACAACCUUCUCCCGGACGAGAGCUGCAACUUCUUCCCCUCGUCCCUCUCGUCCCUCUCGCCCCUCCCCUCCCUCCCCCAGAAUAACGUUUACACCACCACCUACUACCCAGCACCCCUGGGCAAAUACGACCACCCCUUCCACCCCGACUCACCUUGCAGGAACUAUAUGCACCACAGUUGAGACAGGACCCCCCCCCCUCCAACUCUCUUCUCUAUGGGAAGUUGGAAACACUCCUGCACCCCAGACCCUUCCCCGUUUCCUCUCCUCUCCUCUAUUGAGUGUGUACUUUGCUACAGUGAGGGGAGCUGUGUUAACGACCGGGCAGACCCUUGAACUGGGUGUGUCCUCUCAAGGGGAGAACCAUGCACGUUCUUCUCCAUCACCAGUGCGGAGGUUGAACUGUCCCUGUCAACCAACAGGAGAAUCAUUUCGUAUCAUUGUGACUGUUCAGUUGAUAUGACUGUUUUAUGACGUUGUUUUUCUACUCUACUGUGCAGUACAGCAACUCAUCUCAAGACGAGGAAGUAGACUGGACCAUGUGGAAUGCUGGGAGUUGGAGUCUUAUGAGGGAGCUGGGCUGUAGCAGCCUUAUGGUUCAGUAUGGAGAUUCACUACUUGUGGAAUCUGUUCUAAAACAACACUGUUAAAAGUCUCCUGUAAAACCCUACGGUGUCAGAUCAUGUAUAUCACAAAAACCUACAGACGUUACAUUUGAUCUGAGGAGAAUAUAAGACAUUGUGGUUUGUAUUCGAUAUAGACGUUCCCAAAGGAUACCGUACUGGAAUAUGCUGACCAAGACACCUCCCAGCUCUAAAAACCGGCUUUAUGAUGGUGAAAGUGCAGAACUCAAUGACACUGACAGUAUGGGCACGUUUGUCAUGCUUCUGCUCACCAACUUGUUUCUCCUGUCUGUUUGUCUGUUUGUCUGUUUGGACACGCUGCAUCAGAUUAGCCUCAUGGUCAGGUGCUCCCGCAGUGUGGACUAACAGAGAGGGGAAGGGAGUGAGGGGCUGGUACUGCUUUCAUCUGAGCAGCCCAAGGACUCCUUAGCCACAUCCCAAAUGGCACCCUAUUCCCUAUAUAGUGCACUACUUUUGAUUGGAGCCCAAUUGGCCCUGGUUGAAAGGAGUGCACUAUGUAGGGAAUAGGGAGCCAAAUGGGACGUGGCCAUGGCCUCUGAAAGGGUUUAUAAUCCUGUAACUACCUGCACCGACACCCAAAAAUGACAAUGGCGGCGAUUCAGAGUCGAUGUAAAAGGAGCAAUUUUGAGAAAAAACAUGUAUUUUGAACAACCCAGAUACUCAGCUAAGGCUCAGCGAUCCUGUCUCACCACCCUCAUCCCUUCAAAUGGAUAGCUGUCUCACCACCCUCAUCCCUUCAAAUGGAUAGCUGUCUCACCACCCUCAUCCCUUCAAAUGGAUAGCUGUCUCACCACCCUCAUCCUUUCAAAUGAUUCGUGUGUCUCACCACCCUCAUCCCUUCAAAUGGAUAGCUGUCUCACCACCCUCAUCCCUUCAAAUGGAUAGCUGUCUCACCACCCUCAUCCUUUCAAAUGAUUCGUGUGUCUCACCACCCUCAUCCCUUCAAAUGGAUCACUGUCUCACCACCCUCAUCCUUUCAAAUGAUUUGUGUGUCUCACCACCCUCAUCCCUUCAAAUGGAUAGCUGUCUCACCACCCUCAUCCUUUCAAAUGAUUCGUGUGUCUCACCACCUUCAUCCCUUCAAAUGGAUAGCUGUCUCACCACCCUCAUCCCUUCAAAUGGAUAGCUGUCUCACCACCCUCAUCCCUUCAAAUGGAUAGCUGUCUCACCACCCUCAUCCCUUCAAAUGGAUAGCUGUCUCACCACCCUCAUCCCUUCAAAUUAAUAGCUGUCUCACCACCCUCAUCCCUUCAAAUUGAUAGCUGUCUCACCACCCUCAUCCCUUCAAAUGGAUAGCUGUCUCACCACCCUCAUCCCUUCAAAUGGAUAGCUGUCUCACCACCCUCAUUCCUUCAAAUGGAUCACUGUCUCACCACCCUCAUCCCUUCAAAUGGAUCACUGUCUCACCACCCUCAUCCCUUCAAAUGGAUAGCUGUCUCACCACCCUCAUCCCUUCAAAUGGAUAACUGUCUCACCACCCUCAUCCCUUCAAAUGGAUCACUGUCUCACCACCCUCAUUCCUUCAAAUGGAUAGCUCUCACCACCCUCAUCCCUUCAAAUGGAUAGCUGUCUCAUCACCCUCAUCUGGUUAGCUGUCUCACCACCCUCAUCCCUUCAAAUGGAUAGCUGUCUCACCACCCUCAUCCCUUCAAAUUAAUAGCUGUCUCACCACCCUCAUCCCUUCAAAUUGAUAGCUGUCUCACCACCCUCAUCCCUUCAAAUGGAUAGCUGUCUCACCACCCUCAUCCCUUCAAAUGGAUAGCUGUCUCACCACCCUCAUUCCUUCAAAUGGAUCACUGU